AUGCGGCUUUCCAGUGUCGUUCUCGCGACUAUCGUCACUCUCCUUGCUAGCACCAAUGCUGUCGAGGUCAAGAACUCCAUCGACUCGCUGAACGUGGCAGGCCCCGCCGUCGGAGAGCAGAGGUUUCUGCGAGUUCACAAAGGUCACGCGUCGACGCAGAACAAGGAGCUAGCGCUAACGGAGGAACGCGCGAUGCUGACGGCGGUGACCAAGGUGAAGGACAAACUCUUCAAGCUCAAGAUGAAAAUCGCCAUGCCAAGCAUCAAGAAGCUUCUGGAGGGUGUUGUCAAGGACAUCCUCAAGUAA